AUGUUGUCCAACUCUGGCUUGGUGCUGAUUGGAGCGUUGUCUGCACUCCUCUUGGUGCGCUACUUCGCACAGGCACUUCACCACCGUAGACAAUCCAAAGCCCUACACUGCGAACCCGCCCGUGAGGGGCCAACAGCUUUCUUCGGUAUACCAGCAUUCAUUCAGCUUUGCAAGGCGGUCCGUGAGAAGACAUGGAUCGAUUAUCUCACCCAGGAAUUCGAGCUGUAUGGAAAUACCUUCCGCAAUCAAUUGCUUAAUCGCAGUCUAUUGGCCACCAUCGAGCCUGAGAAUAUCAAGGCGAUUCUCGCCACUCAAUUCAAGGACUUCAAUCUUGGAACAAGGCACCAGCACUUCUAUCCCCUACUGGGCGACGGCAUUUUCACUCUCGAUGGUGAGGGAUGGGCGCAUGCGCGUGGACUAUUGCGCCCGCAGUUCACUAGGGACCAGGUGGCCGAUCUGUCUAUGCUGGACGAUCAUAUCUCCAACCUCAUCGACCUUGUUCCCAAGGAUAGGAGCAGUUUCGAUAUCCAGCGCUUGUUCUUCCUGCUGACCCUGGACUCGGCAACACACUUCCUCUUCGGUGAGUCGGUUGGUUGCAUGCGUCCUUCGGAGACGACAGGCGUGUUAGAAAAGUGCGCCGUCGGUAGCGCACAGGGCUUUGCCGAUGCCUUCGGACUGGCCCAGGAUUACAUCGCUUCCCGGUCUCGCGCGCAGAGUCUGUAUUGGCUCAUCAACCCGAAGGAAUUCCGUGAGGCCAACCGUCGCGUGCAUGAAGUCGUCGACCACUAUGUUCAUAUUGCUUUGGAGUCCAAGCAUAACCCGGACAAGAAGAAGGCCGAUGAUCGAUACAUCUUCUUAGAAGCUCUGGCUGCUGACACCGACGAUCCCAAAGAGCUGCGUGAUAACAUGCUCAAUAUCCUUUUGGCUGGACGUGAUACUACCGCUAGUCUGCUGAGCUCGACUUUCUUCUAUCUUGCGCGCCACCCACACGCGUGGAACAGACUGCGUCAGGAAAUCGUGGAUACUUUCGGAGAUGCGAAGAACCCGCGGUCGGAAAUCACACACACGAAACUGAAGGAUAUCGCUUAUCUCCGAUAUGUACUGAAUGAAACCCUUCGCCUCCAACCCCCUGUUCCUUUCAACUUCCGCAUUGCCACUCGGGACACUUCCCUCCCCGUUGGCGGUGGUCCGGACGGCCUGUCCCCGAUUUAUGUCAAAAAGAAUACUUCUGUUGCCUACGGGGUUUUCGCGAUGCACCGCCGGACCGAUCUGUGGGGUGCGGACGCGGCUUUCUUCCGGCCGGAGCGCUGGGAGGAGAACGCGAAGCAUGGUUGGGAAUACCUUCCCUUCAAUGGUGGGCCUCGCAUCUGUCUUGGUCAACAAUAUGCCCUCGCCGAGGCAAGCUACACCGUUGUCCGUUUGAUGCAACACUUUGAUACCCUUGAGAACGCCGAUCCCCAUCCCCGACACGAGCCCAUCAAGUUGUCUACCGUUACCAUGUCGCAUGAUCUUGGUGUGGCUAUCCGUUUGUAUUCCUCGGACCAGAUCUAG